AAGACAUCAUGUAAUUGUACCUGAAGGUAGUUGUCAAAGACACACUGCUGAGCCAAAAGUGUAUUUCUUAAUAGCACAAUUUCUACUACAUUCUAUCUAACAUAAGUCCCUUGACCGCUCAUUUCAACACUCAGGGGCAUUAAACCUCGAGUGAUAAAAUACCAGCGUCGGUAACCAAGGCAAAACAUCUUAACUUGACGUCGACAACAAGGCUGAUAUUUAACUGAAAUAACUUUCCCAUUAGAUUAAAUAAAUAAGACAUUCAAUGUAAUCAAUAGAAGUAUGCCAAGAGUAGUGCCCACCAUCCUACCCAAGCUAGGUACGAAGAAAUAUGCUUGGGAUUCCUCUUCCUCAACCCCAUUUCUAUACCCGAUCAACAACCUAUGUAACAGAGUAGCUUGCAUUUAUUGCUGAUUAUUUACAUAAAUACGGCUACAUGUUGUAAUAAGGCUAAACGUAACCAAGAUGGACAACUAGCUCGUAGUAUUCGUUACCGGGGCUGGUAGAGGUAAGUUGACGCAUUCUUAUCGUGACGGUUGAGUAAAUAAGGACAUCAGGUCUUGGAAACACCUUGGCUCAGGUCUACCUCUCACGGCCAAACUGUACGGUGAUGGGGACCAUCUGUGAUGAGGAUUCGUCUGGCGUUUUCGGAGUUGAAGGCAUCACCUACAGACAGCGGAUCCAAACUACUCCUAGUUAAGAUCGGGAGUUCCGCGUUUGGGGAUGAGAAGCGUGUAGAUCUGGCAAUGCUAAAUUCGUGCCUAUUAGUAGUGCUGCUGGCUCUAUUAGCGCUAUGGAACUUUUCCACUCGCACGUUGCGCCGGCGUAUUGCACUUCGAAAGCUGCUCUUAUUAAUCGGAUUACUCGGUACGUCCUCCUAUCUUAAGAUUUGGACUAGUUCCUAUACCAACGCAUAGGAUGGCGACAUAUAGAUGGUAGCUAACUUAUUAUAUGGCGGCGCACUGUGGUAACAAAUGUACCUAAGGCUAGAGAAGCCAACUUAUACUAAAUUGUAUUAGCCCUGAGAAAAUCAUAAGCCUGGUAUGUGUGCCAAUUCUAUUACUUUUACACAAGCCACCCCCCUGGGCCCUAACUGAGCUAGAUUGGCAACGCCAGUCGUGAGAAUACCUCUGGAAAGUUUAUCAAUGCUAUAGACGGCAAGGAAAUACCGUGGUGAUAAGAAGUACCAUGUCGAACUGAAUGAUGACUUGUGGGAAGUUAUAUCGAACUUUAUCUUUAGACUAGUUUCAAUGUUAUUAUCAGAGAUCACGUAAUGUAUGC